AGUGCCUCGGAGUUGCUCCGCGAGUGAGAAGACCCCAGGAUCCCUGACAGAGACGGGAAAAACAAAGAAAAAGUGGAGGAAAGCCGCCACCGAAAGGUGGCCGUGCCUGGCGUUCGAUGCGUUGUUGCUGUUGCUGGUGGCUUCUUCUUCGCGCUUCCUCUCGCCUCAUUCCAUCAUAAUUCUACUUACCAUUUUGCGUGUCUUUCUUGCUUUUGCCACCUCCUCUCUCUCUUUCUCUUUAUCCAGUCCUCUUUCUUUUUUUCUUUCUUUUAUUUUCUCCAAAUCUCCGUCUCCGAAAUGACAGUAGAAGAAGCGUUUCCGUUGAGCUCCUCUGCUUCUCCUCCUCCUCCUCUUGCUCCUCUCCACUGACGAAGGAGAACUCGGAGGAGUGGGAUUUUUUUUUGCGUUUCUUUUUUCCUUCCACGCAUCUUUCGACCAUAGGAGAACCCGAAGAAUUUCCAGAUGGCUUUCUGCUCCUUCCUCUGCGGUGGAAAGACUUCCAAUAGGAGAGAGCAUAGGAAGAAGAGUUCGAUGACGUGGAGGGUUUUCUCUCUCAAGGAGCUGCACUCGGCGACGAACAACUUCAAUUAUGACAACAAGCUUGGGGAAGGGGGGUUCGGCAGCGUUUACUGGGGUCAACUCUGGGACGGCUCUCAGAUAGCUGUUAAAAGGUUGAGAGUUUGGAGCAACAAAGCUGAAAUGGAAUUUGCUGUUGAGGUUGAGAUUUUGGGUAGAGUAAGGCAUAAGAAUCUUCUGGCUUUACGUGGAUACUGUGCUGAAGGGCAGGAACGCCUCAUAGUAUAUGACUACAUGCCUAACUUGAGUCUUCUUUCACAUCUUCAUGGUCAUCACUUAGGAGAAUGUGUUCUUGACUGGGGUAGGCGAAUGUCUAUUGCAAUAGGUUCAGCUGAGGGGAUUGCCUACCUUCACCACCAUGCCACACCUCAUAUCAUCCACAGAGAUAUCAAAGCAAGCAAUGUUUUGCUGGAUUCAGAUUUUCAGGCACGGGUUGCAGAUUUUGGAUUCGCAAAGCUCAUUCCAGAUGGUGCAACUCAUGUUAACACGAAGGUGAAAGGCACGCUUGGUUAUCUUGCUCCAGAGUAUGCUAUGUUUGGGAAGGCCUCCGAGAGUUGUGAUGUCUAUAGUUUUGGGAUACUCCUUCUAGAGGUUGCUAGUGGAAAGAAACCCAUAGAAAAGCCAAGCCCAACAGUGAAGCAAGCAAUCACAGACUGGGCUCUUCCUCUGGCUAGGGAGAGGAGGUUUGAGGAAAUUGCAGACCCAAGACUGAAUGGGAAGUAUGAGGAGGCAGAACUGAAGAGGGUUGUGCUAGUUGCUCUCAUUUGUGCACAAAGCAAACCCGAGAAGAGACCCACAAUGCUUGAGGUGGUGGGCUUGCUCAAGGGGGAGUCCAAAGAGAAGUUAUCGAGUCUCGAAAAUGAUGAGAUGUUCAGGCCAGAACCAGCUAUGAGUUGCCAAGGAUUGUCAGGUCCAGAUGAUAACUCAGACUCUAUUACAGAGGAGAAGGAUUCUAGAGUUGAUUUGAAACAAGAGACUAAUUCAUUACCAGAAGCAGCAGCACAUAUUAGCUAGUAUUUUAGCAGCACACUCCCUGCCGUUUGUGUUGAAUAGUAUUUUUUUUUGCAAGUACAAAGCUCUUUUGGGUGAUUGUAGAUAGUAGAAUUUUCGAUGGUUGUUCCUUGGUUCCAAAUAUAUUCAAAGGUCAUGUUUGGGAAGUAGGGCUUGUAUCUAAUGUGGCUUGCUGUUGUAACCUUCAUAUUGAGGGAUGCUGAGAGCACUGGAAGAAAUGUAUGAUGUUAUAAUAUUUUACAAGGGAUGUGUCCUGUAGUGAUUUGCAUUGUUAGUGACCUCAA